CAUUGUAGCAUUACGUACCACGGUCGUUGCUGUGAGCGUGGUUGGUUUGCGCCGGCCGGCUAAUAACGGCGUGGGUUGGGCGUGGAAAGAAAGGCUGACAAUAUUUUGAAGUCAGUUUUAAGACUUGCAGGUUCCGCGAUGACGUCAUCGGGCCUCGCGGAUGUGCCACCCGUGGAAAUCGACCCCAGUGGCAGGUUCAAGUAUGUGCUGGCCAAGGUGUACACUUCCGAGAACGCCGGUGACGACGACUUUCAGUAUUUUGUGCGCGGCUUUCAGUGGGGCGCCUUCCACGCGGACAUAUUUGAGAAGCUGGAGGCGCAGAUCGCGGGCCUGGGCCUGAGCUGCGAGUGUGUGGGCGGCGGCCGGAUCGUCCACCAGCCGGACCAGCGGAAGCUCGAGGUGUUCGGCUACUCGCAGGGGUACGGCCGGGCGGACCACGCCAUCACCGCGGGCCUGUUGAGGAAAAAGUAUCCGGGAUACGAGGUCACCACCUCUGAUGAAGGAUAUUAAGUAGGCUUCGUGUGUGGACGUGGAGGUGGACAUGGAUCCUGGCACCCAGAGGGCGCCAAAUGGGCGUUGGGCCCAGUUGUUCUCUUCCAUUAUCCAUGCUUAUUGUGUGAUCUUUGCCAGCUUAAUCGUGCUCUUCCAUUAUUGAGACGCAGCUUUUGUCAAGAGCACAUGACUAUGUUAGCGUGUUGGUAACGCUCCCUGCGCUAAAAGGAUUUAGGCAUCGUUGAACUACGCUCUUGUUGGGAUUUUGUUGGAAGGGAGGUAUUUCUGGCUCCUGAUGUGAUAUGCCGCCCACCUAAUCUCUUACCUUUAAAACGGCGUGAAAUGGAGAACGUGUCGCGGAAUGUUUCCACAUCUUGUCCUCACUCCACGCGUGUUUCAUCACGCGGUAUCCGUCGUUUCAAGUUGACAUGAACGAGCUCCUGCGGAAUGUCCGGCAAUGUGAGCCCGAAUACAUACUUGUUGAAAGAG